AUGCGAUGCGCGAGCAAGGCCGCCGAGAGCGCGUCCGCACGUCUCUGUGCGGACGCCGAAGCAGAAACCACAGCAACUGAUGUCUCAUCGGUUGCUGAAGCGACUCAUCCUUUGUCACUUGGUGAUGCAGGCGCUGGUCAUGAAGACACUCGUGUCUUCACAGAGUACGAGCUCGGUGUCUCGUACUCUCCUGAUACGGAUGACGGAUCCGUAUCGACGGCGAUCGAAUCUAAGCCGCCUGCCAAGCGUGGCAUGGACGAUGCUUUGCGUCGCAGCAUCUUUGGUUCAUCUGAUGAAUCAGAUGAACCAUCGCCGAAGCGAAGGCGCUCGAGGUCGCGAGACUCGGGCGCUAACAGUGGUGUCGGUUCUCCUAUGGACACCACUUCGCAACGAGGUGCCAGUACUUCUGUCGGCACGUCGCAGGAAGAGCGGGACCGCAAUGUCUUGCGUCUCGCUCCUGAGAAGAAGGCAUGGAUGCCUCCAAAAUCCGUCAUGGAUCACUUGUCGGCGACGACGAGUGAUCGUUAUCGAACACGAUUGUUCGAUUCGUCAAGGAUCCAUCACCUUGACCCCAGCGCGAAGGACUAUCGCGCUGAAACGAAUUCUUCAUCGAUGCUUUCUUUAAGCAUCGAUGGUACAGUGGGAAUCACAAGCGUGAUGGUCCCUCACUACUUUAAGCGUGGAACGCCUACAUUCAUAAAAAAAAUCGAGGAUGUAGGUCGUGACGCUUGGAACGACAAACUUAUCAAAGCUCGUGAUAAGUUUGAAAAGCGAACCCCGACAGGUGCACGCUACAAGCUGCAUCGUCUGUCAAGGGAGAAGGGAUUACCCUGCCUCUCUUGGGGAGACUCGUGCCCAUGUUGUGUGAAAAACUCUGCACGAGCACCUAAGGAAGCUUACCUCCUUAAUAGCCCGUGGUGGCGCGUACGUAUCUCUACUGAGAUGUACGAAGGGAUUGACAACCUGAAAUCCCUUUACGACCGUGCCGGGAAGACUUUCUCCGGCGGUCCUUCUGCGGCACAGGAUGUGCCGCGUCGUACUGCUCAACCAGACCCAGUACGUCAAUUAUCAGUUGGGAGCGGGGCUCCCAAGUAUUCCAGGACGGGGGAUAGCCGCGCGGACCGGACGAGAUAA